AUGUCACAAAACAAUGGUCUCUCGAUGAGUAUCAGUGUGAUGUCAGUCACUUUCCUAACGUUUAUAAGUGGAUAUGGCGCCACUAAAUUAUACAAUACUUUAAUGAAACAACAAAAUGAUGCCCCUUUCUCAUGUCAAAAGCUUCUCAAGUUAACAAAAACAUCAUCAAGACUACCACAACCAAGAUGUAAUGAAAUAGAAAAAUUGGUAAUCACAUAUAACAAACUUCAAAGAGAUGCAAUAUACACCCGAAACAAAUAUAAAAAAAAAUUGAACAUUAUAUUGGAAGAAAUCGAAGAAAUUCGUGAAGAAAUUUAUAAUUUUGAAUGCCAAACCGCUAUUAAGAUUUUCGAAAUACUGGAUGAAAUAGAAAUAUGUCAUAAUUUAAGCACAGAUUCGAAUUCCGUUAUGUCGCAUAUUAAAGGUUUAAAAUUAAAACUGGAAGAAGAAGAAGAAAAUCAAAAUGAGACAUUGGAAUUAAUGCAAAUUGAACUAGGACACUUGAUUUGGAAGUAUGAGGAGCUGGAGAAAUGUGAAAUUCAGGAAUGGCGAAGCGCAUUAAAGAAUUUGCAAAAGGUUCAAAGUCAGUUGUGUCGAGCAACGAAUUGGGCGAUGAAGGUAUCAAAAAAACGGGAGAUUCGACUUGAUCCUAAGAAUAUUAUAAAUUAA